AUGGACCCGAAUAAUAGCAGCCAGCGUUUGAUGAGCGUCCUCUCGCUGAACACCGGCAAGGAGCCAGCCACGUGGGGGAUCACCGUCGUCCGCACCGACUACAAGGCGCCGCAGCAGCACCUCGUCGACGCCCUCGCAUGCCUCAACGACGCGGUGCGUGCGGACCUGGGAGCCUCGCGGGCGUACCCUCAGAGGCGGGACGGCUUCGUCCUCGAUAGAAUCGCGUUUGACGAGAACUGGCCGCCUUUAGCACCGCGCCGCCCCAGGAAGCAGCAGCAUAAGAAGAACAACGAGCAGCAGCGGCUCGCGGACGAGCUGUUUGCGCGGUACAGCACGGAGCUCCUCAGCAAGCGCGACAAGCUCAACGAGGCGGACGCGGAUACCGUCCGCAAGACGUUCCAGGACUGGAUCGUGCAGCAGCGGGGAAACCCGCACGGCGGCGACAUGCGCUACGUCUUCUGCGUCGUCCUGGACGCCGAGGCGAUCCGGCAGCUGCACGACCUCUGGCGCCUCCGCCGCCGCGGCUGCCAGGAGGCGCGCGCGCGGGUCCGGGUGCUGGACGCGAUCCCCGGCGGCGGAGCGUAUAGCGUGGGACUCCGGGGCGCGCACGGCCUGGUCAGCUUCUGCUUCGCGCGUCGGCGCAGCAGGCACCCGCUGGAGGUGCUGCUGACGGGGCCGCCGCGGGGCGAGGAGGGGAUGUGGUGCUUUGGGCCGUGGGAGGCGGAGGCGCUGCCGCCGCCGCCGCCGCCGCCGUCGGCGUCGGCGUGCGAGGAAGAUGGGAACGAGGAUGGGAUGCCGAUCAAGGGCAAGGACAAGGGCAAGGGAAAGGCGCGGAAAGGAAAGAAAGGCAAGGGCCGAGGUUUGAAAAAUGGUGAUAAGAGCUGA